UAAUAAGGGGCCAAGCAUUGAACCAAUCGCGAAUCAGAUUGACAAAGAUCGUAGUGGGGGCUGCCAAAGAAAUGUAUGCGGGAUCAGGCCAUCAGGCUCGAUUACAUAUCUAUUCUGAUCCAUUCGAAUAUUAGACAUUAAAGUGAUAACAUGGCUGAUUAUAAACUUGGAAAAUGUAUCAACGAGGGAAAAACAAAGAAGAUUUAUGAACUUCUAAAUGAUUCUACAUUAUGUUUGUUGGAAAGCAAGGAUCGCAUUACUGCUGGUGAUGGCGCCAAGUCCCACGAUUUGGAGGGAAAAGCAACAAUUAGCACAUCUACUACCAUAAAGGUUUUCAAACUGCUUAAUGAAGCUGGUGUUAAGACAGCUUAUGUUAAACCUGCAAGUCCGAAAUGCUUCAUAGCAAAAAGAUGUUACAUGAUACCAAUUGAAUGGGUUACCAGAAGACAGGCAACUGGUAGCUUUUUAAAAAGACAUCCAGGAGUUCCAGAGGGUUAUAGGUUUAAUCCACCUCUGCAGGAAACAUUCUUUAAAGAUGAUGCUAAUCAUGAUCCACAGUGGUCCGAUGAGCAAAUUAUUUCUGCAGGUUUUAAAAUGGGUAGCAUAAAAAUAACAAAAGAUGAAGUGGAUAUUAUGAAACGCGUUACUCUUGUCGUUUUUGAGAUUCUUGAGCGAGCCUGGACUGUGCGUAAUAGUGCUUUGAUAGAUAUGAAGAUAGAAUUUGGCAUAGAUUCAAAUGGAGAGAUUUUAGUUGCUGAUAUUAUCGAUAGUGAUUCCUGGAGACUUUGGCCUUCUGGAGAUAAGAAACUAAUGAAAGACAAGCAGGUGUACAGGGAUCUAUCCAAUGUAACACAACAGAAUUUAGAAACAGUAAAGCGUAAUUUUAAAUGGGUAGAGGAGCAGCUGGAUUAUAUUAUUGAAGCACCUAGUCCAUUAGUUGUUAUAUUUAUGGGCUCUCCCUCUGAUGAAGCGUAUUGCCAAGAGAUUGCAAAACAUGCUAGAGCAUUGGGUCUGAACCCACAACUCCGGAUCUGCAGCGCUCAUAAGGGUACUCUAGAAACUUUAAAUGCUCUCGCUGAAUAUGAAGGCAGCGGAGAAAAUGUAGUGCUGAUAGCUGUAGCCGGCCGCAGCAAUGGCUUGGGUCCAGUUCUCUCCGGCAAUACUAUCUUGCCGGUCAUAAAUUGCCCGCCUCUGAAAUCGGAUAAUAUCGAACGAAGCGUGUGGUCUUCGCUUGAUGUUCCAUCAGGACUUGGUUGUACCACAGUCGUAUAUCCAGAAGCUGCUGCGCUCGCUGCGGCGCAGAUCCAUGCAAUGCACAAUCAUUUGGUUUGGUCUCGUUUGCGAGCAAAACAACUCGCUAAUUUCUUAAGCUUGAAACGAACCGAUAGCAAAUUACGAAAAUCGUAAUAAAUUCAGUGCUUGAAACAACAAGCCUAAUAUACAGAGUAAGUUACACAAGUUUUUCAAUGUAAUGUUACAACAAUUUAACAAGAAUGACAUUCAUUUAUACCAUAUUGUUAGGAAAAUAUCAACUUUGUUUCUUGCUCUUCCAAGAAUCUUGUAAACACAUGGCAAUGCAAUUGUGAGAAGAACUGAUAUACUCUUUUGAUAUCAUAUUUGAAUUUUUAUUAAUUCAUUUGGUAUACUCUUGAUUUAUUUUAUAUAAAGUAAUCAUUCUCGAUUUUUUUCCUUUAUAUUUUAUGCAACCUAUUAUAUGUGCCAUACAUCUAUAUAGAUUUUUGUUGUGUUAAAAAUAUUAAUACUAAUGUUUCAUAUAUGAUUGUAUCAUAGACUGCUAGUUAUAACUGUGAAUUUUAUUAUAUCAAUGAUUGUGUUUGCUCUUUUCGUAUACAUUUUAUUAUUAUUGAUUCUAAUAAUUCUUUAUUGGGUUCAAGUAUGUAAUAUUCAUUUAUUUCCACUUGAAAAAAUUUUUGAGUAAUAUGAAACUUAUGUAAACACAUAAUAGGUUACAAAUAUGUUUAUAUAAAUAUAAAAGAGAUGCUAUGUCUGAAUUGAAAAACCGAAAGUGAUUUCUAUAUACAUAGAUAUAUCUAUAUACAUAUGCAUACAUACAUUUACAUAUAGAAAUGUCCAUAUUUUGAAACAUUUGAGCUAUUCUAGCAUUAUAUCUAUCAGGUAAAUAGAUAUUUUGCAAUUAAAUAAGAAUGGAAUUUAAAGAAAUGUGGAAAGUUGGAUUUUGUUGAAUAUAUCCAAAUAUGUAUGGAAAGGAGAAAAUUAUACGAGGUUGCAAUUUUUCAUGUACACAAUUAAUAUGCGAUAUUCGCGUAAAUACUUAUAUUUUUUUAUAUACAUGUAAAUAAAGAAACACCUUACUGCAU